AAUUAAACGGCGAAAAGGGUUUUCGAAUUAUUUUGUGAAAUGCGAUCUUCAGUUUAAUGAUAGAUGGUUGUAAAAGCUAUGACUAGACACUAACUAAAUGAAAUCAAGAUCAUAGAUGGAGGAAUCCGCAUAGUUUUACUUAAUUAAGUAACAAUGUCAGAGAUAUUUUUGCAAGAAGAUGUGCUUUCCCUUCUGGACAACAGAUUCAUUGUUAUUAUUGGAGAUUCUAUUCAGAGGGGCGUUUAUAAAGACUUGGUUUUAUUGCUCCAGAGGAAUAAGUACCUGACGGACAAAGAUCUUAGAGCUAAGGGUGAGUUUACAUUUUCUGGUGAUAAGUUGAUUGAAGGUGGACAGUAUGGUGAGAUGACAAAUGGUGUCAAGUACCGGGAAGUUCGACAGUACCAGACAGAUUAUCAUUUGAUCCGGUUCUAUUUUGUUACACGUUGCUACAACUCGUAUAUAGAGUCCAUACUGAGCGACUUGUCAAAGGAGCCUUUACCGGAUGUGGUGAUCGCAAAUUCCUGUUUGUGGGAUAUCAGUAGGUAUGGUCCAUCAUCAGUGGAGCAGUACAAGAAAAAUCUUGACACAUUGUUUAAGAGAUUUAGUGAGGAGCUGCCUAAAACAUGCCUUGUUAUGUGGAACAUGACACUCCCCAUAUCAAAGAAAGCAAGGGGCGGAGUUCUGAUCCCUGAGGUGGAGCAUCUUAACGUCAGCUUGAGACUGGAUAUUCUAGAGGCAAACUUCUAUGUUCAUAAGCUUGCAGUAGAAUAUGGGUUUGAUACAUUAGAUCUUCAUUACUAUCUGAGGCAUCAGUUACAAAGGAGGGCAGGUGAUGGUGUACAUUGGGAUAUGACGGCUCACAGGAGAAUGACAAACCUCAUUCUUACACACAUGGCCGAGGCAUGGGGGGUCAAAACACCGGGGCAUGCCAAGAGAGUGCUCCUUCAGAGGCAGCCAUUGAAAAAGACAGACAACCGUCCAAAUAGCUUCAGUCCGAAUUUCAAUUUUGGACUCGGUAAUCAGCGACAGAUCACGGAUAACAUGCCUGCUGUACCUGGUCAGUUCAUGGGGAACUACAUCAACAACAUGGUCGUCAACAACGGACUCGGUAAUAUGCAGAACAAUAGAAUGUCCUGUUACCAGACUGACCAAAUACCACAAUUGAUGAACUCAAAUUUACUGUCUCAACAGUUUGAACAUAUGCGUCAACAGAAUGCAAACGUCUUCCAGACCAAUGACAAUUUCAGUCAACAAAGACAAAGUUUUGGCGAUUUUGGGAGUCAGAUUAGGAACUCAAACUUUAGAGGUAUAGAUAUGACCGGGAUGAGGAUUCCAGAUAGUAUGGAGAUGUUCAGUCAACCAUAUGGGAAUGAGAAUUAUGAGCCGGGACUUAGAGGUCAUGGUUUUGGGAACCAGCAAGUGAGGGAGAGGAACUUGCCAUAUAGAUCUUCAAAAAGAGGACAAGAAACUGUCAAUCCAUACUCACAUGCUUAUUAGUGUGUUUUUCCAUUUUGGAAAUAGUAUUAGAACAUGUAUAAAGUAUGGUGUAUAUUUUAGUGAAGCUGUAAGCCAAAAUCCAAUGAGAUAUGAAAGUGUGUAUUUUUUAUUCUAGUCAAUCUAACAGCUAAACAAUAAGUUUAAUUGAGUUUGUCCCUUCAGUGAAGGUGAUAUGACAACAUUAGAAAUGGCCAUAACAUUUUCUUUCUAUAAGCUGAAGCUUUCAUACCUAGAAACAACAUAAAUAUGGACAACAGCAUCUUUACAUUUUGAAUUAUGACCUGGACCCGUUUGUGACAUUCGAUUUUCAACGUCAAAUAUUUCAAUUCCAGUAAUUAAUCUAACAAAUUCAUUUCCAUUUUCUGAUAAGGCCUUUGUGUUUUACCAUCCUAUAUAGGAUUCUAGUAAGAUUAUUCACAAUAAGUCUAAAUUUAUUUUGUGUAAUAAGAAUUAAUAAUUUAAAAUGGGAAUGAAUGUUGGGGGGUACUCUCUUCUUGAACAAAUUAGGAUAGUAUUUUAUGUUGCCAUUUGGUUUGUUCAUAAGACUCACUGAAGGUUACACAUAGUUUUAUCAGUUACUUUGGUAUGUAGUUACUUUGCAAAGAUAAAGUUAUACUUUCUGAUCGAGUUUUAAAGUCAAUAGGGUGAAGGUCACUGGGGUUAAAAAAAAAGAUUUUUGUUUUUAUUUAGCUAUUGUUUUGGCUACGCCAAAAAGGCUUGAACUUCUGGGACCUUUUUUUUGUCACAGAUUUUCUUCUUUAUAUAAAAUAUUGUUACUACAUGUAGUUGAAUGUGCUUUCAUUUAGGUUACUUGUAAAUUUGUAAAUACAAAUGUUUUGUUUUUUCCUUUAUUGUUUUAUAUUUUCAGACAAAAGUGAGAUUUACCUUUGAUCCUUUGUCUUAAAAUGUUUCAUUUAUUGUAAAAGAUGUCCUCUUGAUAUUGCAUUUUGUCUUUUGUUUUUUUGCUGUGAUACCAAGAUGUAUCAGAGAGAUAUAAAUCUUAUCACACUGUCUGAAACAAGGUGAAAUAUAAAGUUUUGGUACAUGUUUUAAACAGUGAAAGAAAAUGCAAUAUAGAAUACCUAAAACAUAGAGAUGAUAAAAAGUAUUGUCAUCAUGUGUCAAGAUGUUUUAGUAAACCUGAUGUAAAAUAGCAUCAUUUGGUGGAUUUUUUUUUAGUAAUGAAUGUCUUACAAUUUCAUAUGCAGUAAAUAUCUUCACUCUCAUUUGUCUGGUAUGAUAAUUGGUAUUUGUAUUUUGGUUACACAUACAAGUGUAGUUUAUUAGACACUUAAGCUACUGAAAUUUUGUAAUGGAUUUGCCUUGGUUUGAAUUUGGAAUAUCCUAUUCACAGUUUAGUCUCUUGUGGCAGAGGGGUUGACUUUACAUAUUGAGGCAUCAGGAUUGCAGCCACUGUUUAACCUUGCAAUUGAUCGUAAGAGACAACUAAAUGAGUUCAAAUUACUGGAGUUUUGUGCAUCUCCAGCAGGUGAGGUGGUUUUGACAACUAGUGUUGCUUCAAGUCGUAACACCUGAGGUUAGCCAAAAUCAUCUUUGGAAACAAAUAUAAAAAUUACAAGAAACAAGAAUUCAGUAUUAAAGAUACAAAAUUUUAGCUGCCUACAGGAUAUACAACAAAACCUGGUCAGAUUGCAAUGAUGUUGUGAUCGGCCUGACUCUACAUUGGUGUCAAAUGUUAAAACACUUUCAGUUCAUUUAGGUUAAUGGUUUUAGAAGAUAUUAAGCAUUUCGUGUUCUAAUUAUUUCAUUGAGAAAGUGGGAAUAUAACUAAAUUUGUGUACUCUGGUUUAUAAAUUGUGUAAAUAUGUUAAUACUGUUAUUUGUUGUGUUCUAUUCUUUCCUUUGAUUAAUAAGUAUUAAGUUUUCUUCCUUUUUAUCCAUUUUUGGUGCUAUUCAUAUACAUGUAUGUAUAAUUAUGGUAAUAAUUUUUAGGGACCAAGAAUUGUCAUUGUAAACAAUAAAGUUAUCUUUACUUUAGAAAAAUAGCAGUUCUAAUCCAUGGUUGAUUAAGUUGAUUUUUUUGAAUAUGCAUGCAAGUAUUAGGGCUAUUUCUCAAGCUUCUAUUAAUGGAUAAUAUUCAAACUUCUCACUUGCAUUUCAGUACUGACACAUACUAAGGGAAUUAAUUUGUGUAACUCAAAGCUGUGUAUAGUUAGAGUUAUGGCCCUUGAAAAAUUUAAACUUUGCAGUCAGGUUAAAGUUUUAUAUACAAGUUCUAAUCACAUAACCACAGAAAGAACUUCAUACAUGUAUUGUUAUCAUAUUGUAGGUCUCUGAUCAAAACACCUAAAUCAAGCAUGGAUUUCUCUAUAUGAAAUUAGAAAAUUCCUUCUUUAAGAAAUGCAUGUUAUAACUAUAUCAUUAAUUAUUUCCUUGAAACCUCUGAAGUUUCUUUUUCAAAAUGAUUGUAGCUUACUGACCAAGACACUAGCAUUUACCAUUUUCAGCUUACAACAAUAUUUUUGCUUUGCUCUUGUUUUAUAAGAAUACAUGUAGUUAAACAGGAUGUCGUAUGAUAGCUUAUGUUUUUGUAAAAAUUAGUUAUUCAUCUCUUGAGCAAGGCAUGUCACUUAAAUAAACAACACAAAUUGUUUACAUUAGAAAUUGAUAAUAAUUUAUAUAACAUAUUUAGAUUUUAUUCCAUGAUUUUGUUGAAAUUUUAUUUGCCAAAUUGAGAUUAAUAUUAUUUUGUUAUUUUGAUAAAGGCCAAAAAUUAAAUGCAUAAAAAAUACACUAGAGACUAUUCAGUAUAAUUAUGUUGAUAUUUUUGAAAUUAUUCUAGUCAUUCUAAAAGGUUUAACUGACCUUGACCUUUAAAUGACCUUGACUGUCAAGGUCAAAUUGUUGAAUUUGGUUAAAUUGUCCAACUUUUGUUAUUUUUGUACAGUUUGAUACAUAUAAACACGUAGUCAUUAUGUCAUUUUUACACUUAUUUUUGUACCUUGAAAAUGUUCAAAAAGACAUUAAUAUAUAGAUGCUGUUGAUAAAAGCAAUGCCACUUAUUAGUCACUAAUUCAAAUUAGUUAAGAUCCCUAGUCUCAUAAACAAAGUCACAAGUUUAAACAGUAUGGCCACUGAAAUGUCAAGAUUCCCAGUUUUAUAAAUAUAGCAGCAAUUUUAUAUAAAAUAAAUAUAAUCACAAUUUUAUAUGAAAAGAUCUUUUGCUUCAUGAACAAAGUCACAAGUUUAAAUAGCAUGAUUUUGAAUAGAACUGAAGUAGAUCUUAGUAGGAACUCUAGUUUAAUAAAUAAGUUUUGUUACAAGAUCCUCAGUUUAAUAAACAAUGUUAAGUACUAAGAUUUCCACUUAAAUAAACAAAGUUAAGUAGCAAGAAUAAACAAAGUUAAGUACAUGACUAAGCAAGAACUCCACUUUAAUAAACAAAGUUAAGUAGCAAGAUCUCCAAUUCAAUAAACAAAGUUAAGAAGCAAGAAUAAACAAAGAUAAGUAGCAAGAAUAAACAAAGUUAAGUAGCAAGGACCCCAGUUCAGUGAACAAAGUUAAAUAGCAAGAACCCCAGAUCUGUAAACAAAGUUAAGUAGCAAGACCCCCAGUUUCAUUAACAAAGGAGCAAGAAAGAGCAAUGUGAAUUAUUUAAAGGGCGCAGCAAUUUGAAAAAAUAAAUGGGAUCGGGUUAUAAUGGAGAAAGAUGUUAAGUAAAAAAUGCAAGAUCUCCAGUUCCAUGAACAAAGCCUCGUAGUAAGAUUAUGGUCAUAGAAUUAAUAAUAUAAGGUAGUUUUUUAGUUUAAGGUCUUUUAUAAUAGAGUUAUUAUUACUUGUAAUAAUAAAAUGUUAACAUGAAACAUUUUGAGGUGUAAAUAUUUUGAUCCAUUCUGUAUUUUAGACAUUAUUUUUUGUAGUUUAAUUUGCAAGUUUACUUGAUUACUGUUCUUGUUGUGUCAUAUAAUAUUGCUGUGUGGCAACAAAGACAUGAUAUUUUCAGUUAAUAUUUUGCCAGAUCACUUGAGCUAAACUCUCAUUGUGAGCUAUUGUAAUUGCUCUCUGUCUGUUGCUAUGUGUUGACAACAAUUUCUUGAAACAACUUUUUCUCUGAAACUAAUAACUGGAUUUUGACCAAACUUCAAAGUGAUGACAUUUGGCUGGUCCCCUAUCAAAGUUGUUUAAAUGGUUCAGAUGGGUUUUAUAAGAAGGUCACCAGGCCUCAAAGAAGAGGUUUUUAAGAUUUUAAAAAAUCAAAAACAUUUCUGUUUUAAAGUACAAGGUUCGGUGCUUGACAUGUGGAAAUUUUCCUCAUACAUUGGUUAUAUACUGUAUAUAUAGUGAAAACUUAAAUUUUUUCUUUUCCUAAACCACUGGGGCUAGAGCUUAGAUAUUUGGCAUGACACAUUGUCUAGCAGACCUCUACCAAGAUUAUUGUCAUUUGGUAUUUGGGCAUCAGACAUCGUCUAGUUGACCUCUAUCAAGAUUUUCAAAUAUUUGUUCUAUGGUCAAAAUUUGCUCAUCACUAAUGUGUCAAGGGUUUUUCCUGUAUGUAUUUAGUAAAAAACUUCUUUUCUGGAACACAAAAUGCUGGAAUUAAAAUAUUGGGCCUGCAUACUGUAGUGAUCUUUUAGGUGAGUUGUUCAAAUAUAAUGCACUAGGGGUUAAAAUAUGCCACGUUCUUGGGGUCAUUAAUGUUACAUAGACAAGAAAAGAGAGAAAAAAUCUAUCUUCAUUAUCUUUUCUGUUGUAUUUGUAAUACAAUAUCAGUCUUUCAUGUCAGACAGUCCUGUUAACUCUGAAAGUUUACUUGACAUUGUUUUAGUUUACAUGUCCUCAGGUGAGCGACUUGGAGUCAUAGGCCCACCUUGUUUAUAUUUCUAGUUGUAAUAAGUUUGUUCAUAUGUUCAAAAUAAAAUGUUGAAUUGUUAAA